CCGCUAACACCACUUCUACAAAAAGUUUUGCUGUUGGGCAAGUUUUCACUUACAUUAGCCAUUACACAACAACUACAGUAGUACAGACCCACAUAUACAUAAACGUGCAAGUCGAUAAGUAGCAAAUGUGGUGUAAACUGCGUCAUUAGUGUUGUGCUGCGUAGUAUCACAGAAAGAACCGUUAGCUAAAGUUAGUUUGUUUUGCUAUCUGUAGCCUAAUAGUAAAUUACGUAAGGCUAAUGUAAAUGUCAUGGACGCAUAGUUGAGCAUAGGCUACAAAAAUAGUACCCAUCGUGAGAAGUGUAAAGGGCAUAAUAUUUUUUUUCAAGCAGUAACUUUUACUGUUAUAAGUGAUGUGUGGCUAGCCUGCUAGCUCAGCUAACUAGCUAAGUUUUGAGUAACUUUGUUUCGGGCUACUUUAAGGGACCAUCUGCAAACUUGCAAACAGCAGGAGUGGGAGUGUUGUCCGCAGCCAUUGCAUUACUGCGCCACUUUAAGUAAAUGGGAAGCCUUGAAACCUCCAUGUUUGUAUCUUGAAAUUGCGAGCGGAGUUGAGCACCAUAUUGAAUCAAAGUUGCCAUCUCCUUGACAAAUAUUUUAUUAAGUUUCACACUUCAAACUUUAGCGUGUAUCCGACAUCGGACGUGUAAUGGACGUGCUGUAAGAUACUUUUUGCGAUGUUUCCCGGGGUGUUUCGGCUUCUUUUCCGUACAUGUUAAGUUGGUUUAACACACCGAGUCAGCGAUCAAUCUGUAACUUUAAAGUGUGAGGUCAGCACUGUAGAUCAGACCUGGAUGUGAUGGACAAUCCGUCCUCAAUAAUCACCCAAGUCAGCCGGGAUGAAGAGGGGAGUAAAGCCGCAGGGGAGAAGGGCUCUUCCCCGGCUCCUUCCUCCAAGAAGCCCCGGAGCCGCGGCCUCUUCUCCAGCCUCUUCUGCUGCCUGUGUCGAGACCAGCCGGACCCCCCGCCGGUCAACAACAACGCCCCCCUGCUAGUGGAGGAGAACGGAACCGUCUCCAAGAACCAGGUAAAGCCACUUCUGCAUCCAGUGAAGUCAAAAGACUCGGGAAAGAUCUGUGUGGUGAUAGAUCUGGACGAGACGUUAGUUCACAGCUCUUUUAAGCCUGUGAACAAUGCAGAUUUCAUCAUUCCUGUGGAAAUAGAUGGAACAGUACACCAGGUGUACGUGCUGAAGCGGCCGCAUGUCGACGAGUUCCUGAAGAGAAUGGGGGAGCUGUUUGAGUGCGUCCUGUUCACUGCCAGUUUAGCCAAGUACGCAGACCCCGUCUCCGACUUGCUGGACAAGAGGGGCGCUUUCCGCUCCCGCCUGUUCCGGGAGUCGUGCGUCUUCUACCGAGGAAACUACGUCAAGGACCUGAGUCGCCUGGGCCGGGACCUAAACAAAGUCAUCAUCGUGGACAACUCCCCCGCCUCCUACAUCUUCCACCCCGAUAACGCAGUGCCUGUGGCCUCGUGGUUCGACGACAUGUCCGACACGGAGCUCCUGGACCUCCUGCCUUUCUUCGAGAGGCUGAGCAAAGUGGAUAACGUCUACACGGUGCUCAAGCAACAAGGGGCCGCGAGCUAACGGUGUUCUCAUCUCAGCUCUGAACAAAACGGCGUACAGAUAAAAAAAAUCACCCACACCGGAGAGGCUCCAGCUCUCACUGCCAACCAGACUGCUUCACAGCUGACCGAGCCUUCACCUCCCCAGAAUCACAACAACACUUCUGGGAGUCUUCAGCGACUUCGAUGGCGUCAUCACUGCCACCUCCUGGUCAAACAGAAAACUCCUCUGAAAAUCAGCUUGUAACUUUUCUCCUAGGAAAGCAUGGAUGAAUGUUUUAGGAUAUUUCUGCAGUGUCACUGAACUUGCUAAAUCUGUAGCCAUGAAUCCUUUGGACACAGACUGGGUACUGGACUUCUCUCCUCGAUGCACAACAUGCAGGAUUUUGGUAAGCAGGAAGCAAGUGAAAAAGGUAGAUUUACGUACAAAUAAGCCUUGUCGGUCUUGUCAUUGAAAGAGAAGAUAGUGUACACGUACUGUAGAUGUCUGUUUUUGAACAAAAUUCACUUCACACCCUAAUUUUUUUCAGGCAUGUGAUCCCUCUUUGUAAUUUUAGAGUGAUGUGAUCAAGUAUUUUUGAAUAAUCAUGACAGUGUUAUGGAUGAAUCUGACAAAAAAAAAAUAUGAUCAGGUGUUUAUAAUUCACUAAUAUCAAAAGGAUUGGACAGCACUUUACAAGUACAGUCCCCCCUCUCAGUGCUAUUGAACUGUGGGAAUUUAGGUCAGGGAAAAUCAAUAUACACGUCUAAUCCCUUUUAAAAUAGUUUUAUAAGUGGGAAUUGAGCCCUAUUAAACAAGCAGUAAGACACUAAUAAGAAAUCCAACCAUCUGCACAUGACAGUGAUAGUAGGGCAGCUGAUUUCAAAAGGUGGUUUAAAGCCUGAUGGACAGCCAAAAUGAGAAACAAUUGAUCCCAGAGACAUUCUCUGAUGGCUUCUGGUCCUCGUUUUAAAGCCACUGACGAAACUUGAAUUUCUCGCAGCAUACACAGGCUGUUUUAGCGGCAGUAUGAUGCAGGAAAGGUCACAGUUUGGCUUGUCUUAAGCUACAAAGUGCAUUUUAUUUUUCCCUAAGCGGUACACAUUGGAUGGAAACUAUUUCAGGACUUUAUAAUAGAAAUGUGUCGAGAUUCAAAGGAAAAAUCCACACUGUGACACUUUUAAUAAACAGCUAUUGGUGAUUUAUUUUGCACCUCUUUUCUGUUAUUUGGAUGGAUUCUGUUGGAUUGACAUGCCGUAAAGGUGAGGUAGUUCUAGUGCAGCUACAAUUGAGUUUAAUAGAGAAAAGACAGAAGAGGUAGACAGUGAAAUUACUGCUUCUGCUUAUUAUUCACUCAAAAUCAGCAACUGUUAUAAAAAAAUAAUGAUUUGACGGUGGAAUUGAUUGGGUCGUACACAUUUAAAUCUGUAUAUUUUGAUAAGCUCUAUAAGCUGAGGUCCAGCAGUUUGUUGGAGCAGUGUUAUUUUCCCCCCUCAUAUGCGUUGACAAUACCAUGUGUUGACACCGAUGAAUGAAGCCGUGGAUUUGACGAAGAGCCUCCAUAGCAGGGGCAGGGAUGACAAUUAAAUCCGCCAUUUAAGAGCUAUAACGUUAUUUUUCUAUGUUUAACAAAUAUUGUCAAUCAAAUGUCUUUCCUAAAUAAUAACUGAUUUCUUUUUCUCACCGUGGAGUGGUCCUCUUAUACAAUAUUUUGCAAUUCGUUUUCCAAAAGGGGAAACAUUUUUCUUGCUGUUUUUAUGCAAGACCUGGUUGGUUACCUCGUAUAUUAAUAGGUAAUAAAUGCAUCAGAAACACCAGCAAAUUACUAAAAUGAUAGCAUCAUACUGUUGUAGGCACAUAACAGGGUUGUCAUUUUUGGUGUGUGUUUUAUGUGAACCAUCAUCACAUGUCUCAACUGUAAUUCUCACACAUUCAGUAGAUAUGUAUAUUUUGUUUUGCACAGUAAUACAGCAAACAAAUGUUCAUUAAUAUAUGGAAUAUUCAUGUUACUCAUGAUUGAAUAGAUGUAACCUUUCAUUUUUCUUGACCUGUUUUAUCAUACCAAAUUAUAUAUGGACUGUAUGUAAUAAUGCCAUUUCCUCUCCAUAAAUGCUAAAUGAAAGAUG